AACUCUACACUCACCGUUCUUAUACUCCCACCACCAUGAGUCUCUUACAGGACGUGCUGCGCACGCAAACCCUAGACUCCUUAGACAAGAAGCUUGGUUCUGCAGGCGUAAACGAACACCGAAAUGCCAGUGGGCAUAAUGAAGACGACGACGACGAACUCAUAAACGUUGUUUCCGUGCCAGGGACACCGAAUGCUGGAUCCCGUCCAUCCUCGAGGCCUUCUUCAAGGCCUUCUUCGAGACCGAAUUCCCCUUCGAGAGCUUCUGCUCGCCAAAUGAAGUCGCAUCUCUCUUCGCAUUCGGGCCGCAUAUCGUCGGAUCCCCUGAAAGCGUUUCCGACUGAUGUCUCUCAGAGAAUCUUUGCAUACUUGGGUAUCAAGAACCUUGCAAGUUGUUCGCAAGUCUCACAGAAGUGGAACAAGAGUCAAACAUUGAAUUAUAUUUGGUUCCGUCGUUAUCGUAAAGAGUACUUUCACGACUCUAGUCUUCCCCCUGGAAAGUGGACCAAACGCGAGUCUAAACAGAACUGGCGUACCACUUACCUUCAUGAUCUCUCCAAACGUGAAUCUGCCUCUCUCGGGCCUAUCUACGCAUCUCCCCUUGCACGUUCAGGAGAGCAAACUCCUAAAGAGAUGCGAGAGGAGCAAUGGCGGGCUGAAUCGGAGGGUGUCAUCAAGCCGUCGAAAGUGGAGAUGCGAGAGAUGUAUAAGGAGUUAGGAGGUAGAAAGGCGAAGACCAAGCAGAAGGUUGGCACUGUUGGUGGUGGAGGCGCUGUUAGGGACCGGGGUGGAUGGAGCGAGGUAACGCAGGAGGGAGAGAACUGGUAGAUGAAAGGCCAGGUAAACUGGCGAGGAGUCAGGAUGGCUUAGAUUCACGCUCACUUCACAAGUUCACUCUACACGGUUUCCAACUCACAACUUUCCACUUCAGUCUCUAUGUACUAUUUCAUGUAUCUUAGAUCUCACCGAUCUUUCUGUAUUACUAUUGAUGUCACUGUAUCCUUACUUACAUUCAAUUCUACGGCAUCGCUAUACUCUAUGCUGUUUGAUUCUUCUCUCGGGAACAAACCUUGAAUAUUGAG